AACAAGCUUGUAAUAUGAGGACAAAAGAGGGAAAAUGUGAGAUAAUAAAUACAGGCCAACAGUCAUAAAUAUAAGUUUCUUAAUACCUGUGCAAAACCUUAAACAACAACACUUAUGUUUCAAAACAGACUGUUCGAGUGUUGAGUACAUAUACAUACAUGUGCAAUAAAACAAAUUAUGAUCUUGAUUGCUGAAUCGACGGGGCUUCAUCUCUGUUGAACUCCCAAAGCUUCACAAUCUCCCCUCGAUAAUUGCACGGUUAUAGCUUGUCAUCAAAAGGUUAUGUAUCAAUCACGAAGCUGAAGUUGAUUUUGAUAUAUAUAGAUGAUUGGUAGUAUCUUCCUUUAUCUUUUAUUGGGGUCCUCCAAACAAAACUUGUGAGAAAGUUGGCAAAUCUAGAUGGAAUGCAAUAGAGAUGAAGCCACAAGGGCUAAAGAUAUUGCUGAGAGGAGGUUUUUGGCAAAGGACAUCGCAGGGGCAAAGAAAUUUGCAUUAAAGGCCCAGAAUCUGUAUCCUCAGCUGGAUGGUAUCACUCAGUUGCUAGCAACAUUAGAUAUAUACAUUUAUUCAGAGAACAAAAUUAAUGGGGAACCUGAUUGGUACGGGGUACUUGGUGUGAAUCCACUGGAUACUGAAGAUGCUAUACGAAAACAAUAUCGAAAGUUAGCUCUCAUGCUUCAUCCUGAUAAAAACAAAGCAAAAGGAGCUGAUGGCGCUUUCAAUCUUAUAUCACAAGCUUGGAGUCUUUUGUCUGAUAAAGCCAAAAGAUCAGCAUAUGACAAAGCUUUACACAUUCAACAUCAAGGUGGGGUGUCAUCGGUACCACCAGGGCAAAAUGGUUUUUACAAUUUUGCACAAGGUUCAAACAUGAAAGCUGCAAAGGAUAGUGCUGCCUCUGUUCCUUCGGCUUCUCAUGCACAGCAACCAACAGCUUCUCCAUUUCAUGUUUCAUCUCGCAAUGAGAAACCAACUUCUCCAUCCCAUAAAAAUAAAUCAGGCACAGUUCCUUCUUCACCUCAUAAGCAGAGGCCACCUAAUGCUCCUUUUAAAUCUCACAAAAGGAAGCGGGUGCCUAAUGUUCCUGAUCCGCCUCAAGAACCAAAGCAAACUACCUUUUGGACUGCUUGUCAUGGAUGCAAGAUGCAAUAUGAGUAUCCUAGAAUGUAUAUUAACCGUAAUCUUCUCUGUCCCAAUUGCCGUGAUCCUUUUUUUUCAUUUGAAAUCGCACCACCACCUGCAAAGAGGGAAGCAUUUGCUCAUCAUCAUAAGGUUAGCAAGAGCAAAUUGUCAGAAAUAAACAGGUCAGAAAGUACAAAUGUGACAUCAGGAAAAUCAGGAGGUAGAGAUAAUCAUGAUAAAUUCCAAUGGGCUCCGUUUUCUAAAAAAGCUGGUGCUGCUUCUGCUGCUCAAGCAGCUAGUGUGGUUCAGCAUGCCUAUGAGAAGGUAAAGAGGGAGCGUGUAGAAGCACAGGCAGCAACAAAAAGAGAGGAGGCCUUGCAAAAAAAGAAGCAUGCCUCUGAUAUAGCGAAUGGUAUUUUAUCAAAUGAGAAUUCAGAUGUUGGUGAUGGAAGAUGCAGCAUGGAAGAUCUGGGUGAUGAUGGCAUGUCUGUAUAUCUUGAUAGCAUGGGUACUGGAGCAGGCGAAUUAUCUGGGCUUAGACGGUUAAAUUCUAAACAUGUUAAAGUUCGUAAAUCCAUAGAGCCUUCAAGGAAUCGUGAUCUAUCUAAUGUCCAAAGUCUGCAUCAUUUAACAAUAAAGGCCAAGAAGGAUAUUCUCGAGAGAGUAAAGGAAUGGAAUUCAGCUCCUGUAACUAAAUCAAUAGAAGCCAAUGUAAGACUUACUGAGAAAUCUGAUGAAAAGGAGAAAAGGAAGGACUAUCAGAUUGUCCACGGUGUAAGAAAGAACGACAAAACUAGCCAAACAUUUAAUGCAUUAGAUGAGAAUCCUGCCAAUAAGUGUACUCUCGGUGCUUUUUGUGGAAAUAUAGAUAGGAUGCGGAUGUCAAUGGAAGUUCCAGAUUCAGAGUUUCAUGAUUUUGACAAAUAUAGAAGUGAAAAAUGUUUCGAAGAAAAUCAAGUGUGGGCCGUGUAUGACAACGAUGACGGAAUGCCUCGGUAUUAUGGAAUGGUUCAUCAAGUGAUUUGUUUAGAUCCGUUUAAGCUGAAGAUACAUUGGCUUAGUUUCAAAUACAGCAGUGACUGGGGCAUACUAAGUUGCACCGGUUCUGCUAUCUCCAAGGCAUGUGGUAAUUUUACAAUAGGGAAACAGGAAAUUAUUGAGUCCGUUAAUUCUUUCUCUCACAAGGUGAAGUGGACAAAAGGCAUAGGAGGGUGUGUUCAAAUUUAUCCCAGGUGCGGAGAUGUUUGGUGCCUUUACAGGAACUGGUGUCCAGAAUGGAAUGAGUUGACGGCAGAUGAAAUUGUACACCAGUAUGAAAUAGUUCAAAUUCUAGAGGAUGACUGCAAUGACGAAGGAGGUUCUGUUGUCGUGAUUCCUUUAGUAAAAGUUGCUGGGUUUAAGUCGGUUUUUCUCCCUCAUUUGGACCGCAAUCAGAUUCAGAGGAUUCCUAUAGGAGAGAUAUCUCGGUUUUCACAUCACAUUCCUUCUUACUCAAUCACAGUUCCUGAAGCUCCGUGGGGAUACCUUGAACUAGAUCCUGCAGCCACUCCUGCUCAAUAUCUUAAAGUGAUAGCUGAUUCUGAUUUUACCAGUGCAGAAAUCAUGGGAAGUGAAGAAAAAUAUAAUCAACAAACUAUACAAGUUGACAAUGUUAAAAAUUGUAAAACAGUGCAAGAGAAUUAGACGGGAGAGACAUGUAAAUGUGUUUUGAAAGGAUUUAGCAGUAUAAUUUUUUCUUUAAAUAUUAUAGCCACCUUUCAGACUAAAUACAUAUGGGUUACCAAUCACCGUUGCAUAAUGCAGAUGUUGGCUAGACCCUCAUCAUUUUUAUCAUUUAAAUUUAUAAUAUUAUCGAGUUAUUGUACAUUGCAUUUGAGUUA